GACAAUCAAGGUCCUGUUGCUAGAUUGGUUAUCAGAUACAGUAACAUUGACGAAAGAGAACUAUGUUGCUACAGAGUGGACUAACGAAGUUGUGAAAAAUGCUCCACGGCAACAAGACGGUUCAAGCUGUGGUGUCUACUGUCUGAUGUACACGAGGAAUGAAGCACUUGGCAUUCACUCUAACAACUUUUGUGAGAGUGAAAUUAAUGACAUCAGGUGUUGGCUGGCACAUAGGCUAAUUACACAGUUUGCUGCAAAUACAACAGGAAAUAAAAGCCUCAACUUGGAGAUAACACCUACUAACAUUCAGCCAAGCGCAAAAUACUAUAUUAGUUGGGAAACAACAGAAAUUGUAACAGAGACUUUGGAAUCAGAGCUCUACGACUAUCCCCUGUUGCGACUGUUGCAAACAUGGCAAUCACUUCAAGCUUGGAGAGCAGAACACGAUGAUGAUACACCACUCCAAGAACAAACAGUAUCAGUGGGAGCAUGCUGGCUCAGCAUCCAUUUACAUGUAGCUUUAUGGCUGGAUGACAAAUGCUUCAACAACAAACCUGCUGUACAAGUAGUUGGUGAUUUUGUCCUUGCCACACAUGAACUUCACAUGGAGUUUAUCAACUUCGUCUCCGACAACACGAUGCCCGAUAUAUAUCUUGUACCGGCAGUAAGUUUGGUCAGGUUUUGGAUCAGAUAGAAACAACACAGGAUGACAACAAUACACAAGUAUGGAAGAUACUACAUACCCCUCACCUCAUCUGAACUUGACGAUCUGUGCACUGGCUUAAAAGAAAUGAGGGAGCAGUUGGAACAUGGCAAACACAUCUUCUAAAAUAUUGACCCUAUCUAUACUAUAACAGAAAUCAGUACAAUAAUCUGUCACAUGUGUUUUGAAAUAACUCUCUAAACUAGGAGUCAGUAGGCGACGUUGGUUCUUCUUCGGCAUGCCAAUAUCCGGGAAAUGAUUAUACGGGAAUUACGACUCUACCUGCGCUUUGGUCACGAGUUGAAGCAAGUUGACUGGAUAAUCUGAGUUCAUGCACUGACUGACGAAAAUAAUCAGAAGACGUAUUUCUGAAGGGGGCAUGUGCCCCCAGUGCCCCCGUCUGGAUCCGCCUCUGACCUGUCACGUCCACGAUUAUGAACUCUAAUAGCUGACUUCCCAGUACUGUACACUCUAAAGGCCUUACAGUCUCAGUGGCCCGUAAGUGGGGUCACAUGUCAUAUCAUUAUGAUAUUAAG